AAAUAAGCCCUCGUCGAGGGUCUGAUCCGACUGCUCUCCAGUUAUCAUGGAGAACAACGGAAAGUCCGGUUCUUUCAGCGGGGCAUUUGACAGAUUGGUUUGUGAAGAUGAUGGCAGCGUGGAUGAAGAUUUUCUUUACUCAAACCAAGAGAAGCAACAAGUGUCCAUGUCUAUGGUGAAGCCUGCGUCCAGUUGCAGUCAACAUUCUGUGCUGGUAGUGAGCCUGACGGUGCUCGCUGUCAUUCUUCUAGCCAUUGAUAUUGGCCUGGGAGUCUACUAUAAUGAACUGACGAGUGAGCAAAGGGCACUCUUGGACAUCAACAGUGAACUGGCCAAACUGCAGCAGAAGUACAACACAGUGAUAAAAAACAGAGACGAAAUGAAGCAGCAGUUGGAGAGGGAGAUAAAAGAGCAACAGCGUACUCAGUGGGAGCUGCAACAUCAGAGUAGAAGAACCAACAGCUAUGAACAACUGAUUAGCAAGGCUCAAAUGGAAAUCGCUACUUUGAAAUCUUACAUACCAAUGGUCGAGGAAGGUUGUAGACGCUGCCUCCCAGGAUGGAAUUUCUUGGACUCCAUGUGCUACUUUUUUGCUUUCUCUUUGGCACAGAGGCAAUGGAACGAUGCAAGAAACUUCUGCAAGAAAUACGGAGGCAACUUAGCGACAGUAGACACUUAUGAGAAAAAUGAGGUAAUGCACAGGCUGAUAAGUCAUUACGCCGAUCCCACAAGACACUAUUUCCAAAAUGCCUUCUGGAUCGGCCUGACGGAUAUUGACAAUGAAGGAGACUGGAAAUGGAUGAAUGGACAGAGAUUGAUUGAGGGGUACUGGAAUGACGGAGAGCCCAAUAAUAACAAUAAUGAGGACUGUGCAGGCGUGUUUCCAAAAGACCAUUUACAUUUUAAAUCCUGGAAUGAUUUCCCAUGCAGUACUCACCUGAGAUGGAUUUGUGAGAUGGAACCAAGGUCUGUCACAGAGCGUUGAUAAUUAAUAACUGUAGUUUAAUUGUAUGAGGGUCACCGAGGCCAGUCCCAGCUGACACUGGUCUGAACACACAACCCAUUACACUAACAUUAACACAGAGUCAAUUUAUUGAGAUUUGUGACUUAGGAAAUGAACUAUAAAAUAUAUUUACCGUCAAUACUAUUUUACAGAUAUGUACAUCAUUGUGUUACAAGAUUUGAACAUUUGAAACAGUGUUACAUAUGCAAUAGAAAUGCAAUAUAUCGAUACUACGAUCAGAGGAAAACAUAAUAAACCAACUUAUAUUUCGGGAGUGAA